UAUCCUGUGCCUUCUCUGCAGUUGGAGCGUGAGUGCACUAAAGCCAACACAAGACAAAAGAUUUUUACAACUUUAUGCACUUUUAUCGAGAUACACAGAGAUUUAAGCAUUCUAGAAAAGAAGAUAAAAAACUUACUGGAAUCAUUGACUGAAAAGCUUGAAAAUGAUGGAAGAAGUAAAAGAAGGGACAUCCACUCUGAGUGUCCUUGGUCCAAACAUCAAGGUAACAGAGGCGUUGCAAGACGGGGACACACUUACCUUCCUAAUUGUAUCUCCAAAGCUGUCUGGGACAGGAGAGUACCAUGUGGACCGGACCUAUGAUGACUUUGAAUGGCUGCAGCAGAACCUGUUCUCUCAGGAGGAUGUGCCCGGGAUACAGGGAGUCAUAUUUCCUCCUCUUCCUGCAAAGGCUCAGGUGAAUGCAUCUGCCAAGGUUAUGAAACAGCUUGGUUUCCUUGGUUUAGGAGAGUGGCUGCCAUACUGUAGAGCACUGGAAAGCUUCCUCCGGCAGAUUGCUGCACACAGCAUACUCAGCAAAAAUAAAGCUGUGGAGAUUUUCCUGACUAGCUCAGAACCUCCAGGCAGACAGAGAGUAAGGAAAAACAUUUUCAACCGGCUGAGUCAAGCUGUGGAAGAAAGAAGGAAGGAAAGCCAUAAGGAUGUGGAUGAGUUCUUUCAAACUGAGCGGGAUCAUAACCUUGUUCUGACCGGCUGUGCCAAGACUGCAGCUGAGAGAUUCCUGGAUGUGGUGCAAUCUGAGCAAAAAAUAGCAGUGGCCUGUGGGCACUUCUCAGCUGCUCUGCAUCUCUGUGUGGAACAAGGGGAGGAUCCUGACAAACAGGCUUUCUCUAAGACUUGUGUGAAAUUAUCAAAAGUCUUUGAUUCUAUGAAGAAAAAUAUGACAAGUGUGGCUGAGAACAACAUGAACUCUCUUGGGUUAGGCCUGGACCUGGAGUCACGCUGCCAGGAGGCAGAAAAGGAGAUGCUCUUCAGGAGAACCUGUAAACUCGUGGAGUUAGAGACUGCCAGAAGGAAUGCAGAGAAGGCCAAACCUUUAAAGAAGGCUGCUAUGGAGGAGGUGAAGAAAGUGGUGGAGACGGAGUUUGAUCACAUUAGUGGAGUGGCUAAACAGGAGAUCGCUUGGUUCAAGGUUGCACGUGUGGAGAUGCUGCAGCAGGCUCUGGUUCAGUGGUGUGAAAAGCAGCUUCUUACAGCCAAAGAAAGUGCUGACCAGUUUAACCAGCACCUGCAAGCCUUAAGGGGGAUGGCCUAGUGACCCCACUCUUAAUGAAGCAUCCUCAGUAUGUCUAAACAUAGCAUGGGAUAACCCAAACAUGUCCUUCACGCUGUUGUGCUGUGGUUUAAUGUGUCUGUGGAUUCUUUACAUCCAGUGUAAAUAAGGAAAUGUCAAUGAAAGAGAAAGGGAAACCUUACUGAUGAUCAAACAACCCUAUAAUUUGUACACUCACUCACUCUCCCUUCCAUAGUCUCUUUUCAAUCACACUCCACCAGUAAAGCCCUUGUAGAAAUGAUGGUUUUGAUUUCUUAGCAGUGGACUUGUUGUUCGGGCGAGGCCAUUGUGUGUGUAUUUGUUCUACUCUCCACUCAUACAUUUGUGCUGAGAGUGUAUUGUGCUUCUCUCCAGCCACCACAUCAGCCGGGGUCACACAAAAUAAAGUGUGAUGAAUUGAU